AUGGAUGGUUUUGAGAGGUUUAUGGCCUUUCAGAGUGGGCGAAUUCUAAACCGCAAGCAGCCAGAGGCAACAGCCAUUGAGGCAUAUAGGAUGUAUGAAUUCAGCCAGUUCAUGGCUAUGGCCGGUCUUCUGCCUAAAGGAAGUGUUUGCACCAGUAAUCCAUACACCGCACUGGCUGCAAAUGAGGAGACUACCGAACAAGCUUCACAAGAAAGCUUCAACUUGCUCGAAGGGAAGCGACCAUCUCUACAAGUAGAAAUGGGGGAAGACGAACAAGUUUCCUUGCAGUCACAGGGCAUGACCUGCACGUCCGCCAUCAAGUAUUUCCACGCAAUGAGGGAACAUCCAAGAUGUCAGAAGUACACCUGUCGUGAUAUUGACUUGGACAAGCCCAUUGUAUCUUCUGUAGUUGCAGGUCUUUUCACGACAGGUGGAACUCUCUCAAACAAAUUGGAGCAGGGGUAUCUCUUCUUUGGAAGGAUUUCCUACUUUCUUCAGUGCAAGGGAAUUGAUGGCAAAAUGGAGGAUUAUGCCAGGGUGGAAUGGUAUGAGGCCCCGAUUCCAGCUGAAGUAAAGGGCCUCUGGAAGAGGUGCAGCCAGCUGUGGUAA